AUGGCGCUAGAUUCGACUGUCGCACUGAGUGGCACAUCUGCGGCACGUAAUAGCGCAGCUCGCGCCGCUCCGCGCGCCGUGCACACCGGAGUGCGCUCGAGUCUCGAGGCGCCUCAAAAAUCGACUCUUCACACCGGCGGAAUGCGCUCGCACUGCCACGUUUCCCGCUGGAAUAGGUCCAUUCGUCUAACCCGGCGGCCACCGGCCCUACUAGUAUCGCUACUCGUAGUCGUCGCUGUCUUGGGCAACUGCAGCAGUCGUGGCAGUAGCAGCAGCCUGCCGCGCUAUACGCCGUGCUGUUCCCCGUCCCCUCACUCUACUCUCGCCCCUCACUCCCCUCACUCUACUCUCGCCCCUCACUCCCCUCACUCUACUCUCGCCCCUCACUCCCCUCACUCACCUCUCGCGCCUCUCGCGCGUCUCGCACGUAUCGCGCCUGACGCGCAUCACUCCAUCAACGCGCUUCAACGCGUCUCGCGUCGUCUCCUGCAAGAAUCGUCCGCCUCGCCGUCUGGCAAGUCCCAUCCGCCGCGCACGCUCCCUGCCCCUUCCUCCCCGCGCAUGCGCGCUGCCCCCUCCUCGUGCAUUUACUCUUUCUCCCCUCUCGUCCCCCCCCUUCCCCGCCCCGCCCCUCCCCCCACCCCUGCGCGCGCCAACCUAUCAGAUGGCUGGAGAAUUCGUUUGCAGUCGCGCCCUCUUCUCGUUUCAUUCAUCGCCACGGUCCUUUGUGCUGCAAUCAUCCUCGUUAUAGCCAGCAUCGGUUUCUGCAUGUGCUGCCGACAAGGCACGAGAGUAGAGAGCAGCUUCGAUGAGGUGUUUCUAGCAGACUACAUGGCGCGUUCCACCCACCACUACGACCCUCUUCUCAAGCUUGGUUCGGGUCCUUUUGGAGACUCCUUCCCAUGCUCCGGACCAGAGGGCGAGCCUUGGCUUGUGGUUCGGGCCACCAUACCUGAUGGUUUGGCAGGUGCCACGUGGCUGCCUUGGACUGGCGCAGCUGCCAAGAGAAGAGCGUUCAACGAGGAAAUCAUCCGUUUCUCUGGCCUGUCGCAUCCCCACCUGCUGCACCUGAUUGGCUGGAGCGACCAGCCUCUGGGGCAGGCAGGCGGCAGCGGGCGACUGAGACAAGUGGGGGAGAGCAUGAGGCAGUGGGCGCAGAUCCUGUGGCGGAAGAGAGGCACGCAGGAGCAGGGGGGAGGUGGGGGGUCGGGGCACGGAGUGGGUGGAGGGUCAGGGCGAGGAGAGGGUCGGGGGUCUGUGCGAGGAGAUGGCGUGGGUUCAGUGCAAGCAGUGGUGAGAGGAGUGAGAGCAGAACCUGUGGGAGCGGAGGGAGCAGGGAUAGAAGGGGGGAGAGACACGGGAGAGGGUGAUGAAAGGGAAGAGGUGGAGGAGGGAGGAAAACAGGUUGACCAAUCUGCUUCGUCUUUUGAUUGCCGAGUGGAGGUGGGAGGGGAAGGGGUCGGGAAGGGACGCACAGUCACCCCAACCGCUGGCUUCUCCCAGCAUCUGGACAUUGCCACGUCUGUGGCAGAGGCGCUGUGCCAUCUGCACACAUCUGCUGAUCCCAGUUUCCCCUUUUGUCAACUCCCCUUCCCCCAUCCUCCCAUCCCCCUUCCCCUCACAACAUCAGACGCACAGUCACCACAACCACUGGCGUUCUCUCAGCGGCUGGACAUAGCCACAGCCGUGGCAGAGGCACUGUGCCAUCUGCACACAGUUGCUCGGCCCCCUCUGGUGCACCGCCGCCUCUGCUCCUCCUCUGUCUUCCUCAAAGUCCUCCCUGUGGCCCGGUUGGCGAAUCUCGGCAUUAUCAAGGGCCUACCCAGCUCUCCCUGCUUAAUGCAGCAGUGCCACGUGGCAGCUUCUCAUAGGGACCCCGACUGCCUGGGCAUCAUCAUGCUCGAGCUCCUCUCAGGCUGCCCAGCCACCACCACGGACCAAGCCACUGCCAGCACCGCCACCUUCGAUGUGCACCAGAUGCUGCACAGCAUAGCAGCAGACGAUCUCGCUACAGUCCUUGACUUCUUUCUAAGCGCCCAGUCCAUGCCGUUCCGUCCCAUCCGCUCCUUCGCCCGCCUGGCCGCCCGCUGUGCCGCCCGCGCAGCCCGCUCUCGUCCCGACAUCAGCACAGUGGUAUCAGAGCUGCAGGGCAUCAGCUGA